CGCACGCAUUUUAAUCUUUGUUGUUUACGUUUAUUUAUCGAUAAUUUUGGAGUCGUUCAUGGCUUCACAAAAACAGAACCCGGAAGAACAGCUACUGCUGCAACCUGGUAGCUUGUAUCCGUCGAAAAACCGAACUUUCAGUGACUCUCGAGGCAGGCCUUUGUGGUUAACCCGAAAUCGAGACCCCGUGGCGGAAUUCCAACAAAUUGGUCAUAAAGUGGCUCGCCGGAAAAUCAACCGAGCAGUGGAUGUUGUGCUGCUAGAUCUCGUGAUGGUUCAAGAUCGAAAUCUCCGGCGAAAUUCCAAUCCAGUCGUCUUCUUGACCCGUAGGCCAAAACAGCAGGCAAAUGAAAUCAAACCGUGGAUUCGGAUUUUUCAAGUUUUUAUGGUGACAACCGAAAAAAUCUCGAGCUCCGCGGAUGAGAUGAAGACGGAAAUAGUGGUAACCGAUGGGAUGAGAAACCAUGAUGAUCGAGGAAUUUUCGAUUUGGAUAAGAUUGUAAGGGAAUUGAACAGCUAUGGCCCGCAAAUACCCUGCUGCCAAACUCGAGCGUUUAAUCUAUUAUCAAACGGAAUCGUGAAUCAAAAUAAGUCGUUCAGUUCCAAACUAACAGCGCUAAAUGAUGUCUUGAUGACUUAGAAAUACGUAGAGAAUAAAAACAAGUUUUGUUCAGCGAAACGGGGCUUAUUUCAGAAAUUGUGUAAAAUAAAUUAAAAGUCAACGUUGAAUUGAUGUUGGUUUUAUUUAUCAAUAAAUGUUACACAUAUUUUGCUUUUGAAUGAAAAAAUAACGGUUAAAUCAAAAUCUAAUAGAAAAUUAUUUUUGCUGAAUUUUGAGCAAACUCUAUUGUAUUUUACUAAAAAAAUAGUAAAA